AAUGUAUGUACAUGUGUUUUGAUCCCUACUAUGCUUCUUGUCGUCUCUUUGUGUGUGUUGUAAGAUCUUGUUUCCAAAAAUGAACAAUUAGCUGUUUCGUUUCUAUUUAUUAAACAAAUCUUAGGCUAUUUAUUCUUCCUGUUUUUUCAGCUCUUGUAACGACUUAUACGUAGAAACGAUGAAAGAAGUGCUUUGAAAUUUUAUUCUAAAAAUGCCUAAACGUUUGAUAUAUAUUAUGUGAAUCUAAUUAAAUUUACUCACUGCAAAAACUGUAUUACAAAAAACCUAAUUAUUGAAUUUAUAUAAAACUAUGUAUGUUGUGAUUCACCGAAAUUUAGUUAACAUUUUUCGAUCAGUUUUGUAUGCCAAUGCAUAGCAUAUGGUGUAUUUUUGUGUAGCCAAUACUUAAUUUACACUAGCAACAUUUUGACCCUAUAAAAGAUAUUUUAUAAUUUCAUGCAAUGAUAACAAAUGGUGAGGAAAUACUGUUCUGUACUAGAGGUGGGUUGGGUAUAAAUCUGAUAAUGAGGUUUCCGAUGGUGGUAUGGUAUCUAAGUGAUCGGUUGCAGUAAGCGGCAUAUAACAGUGUAUUAUCACAAAACGUAUAAAAGUUUUUUUUUUUAUUUUUUAAAAGGAAACGUAUAAAAGUUCAUAUAAUGAAAUUAAGAAAAUUUAACUAUAAAGUAUUGAUUUGUUGUUAGAGGUCUCUGUUCGUACUUCGCGCGGCAAGAUUAUGCUUGUUUUGUUUACAGCUUGAUUUUUUGUAUAUAUUUUUGUUGUGUUUUGGAAUUUAUUUGUUAUUAAACAUUUUUAAUGACAUUAUAUCAUCAUCUAUUUUUUUUAAUGCAAACACUUCUUCAUCUUCGUAUGUGUCUGACCAUUUUCUUCUACACAAGUUUGAAUAAAAAUAAUGUAUCUACGGUGUAAUUUUACUGUGGAUGUGAGAAUAUUGUAAUACAUUAUCGGUUUGUUUUUUUCCAUUUGAUUUAAUUUGUAUUCUCUUUUUUUUUUCUUUUAAUGGUUUUAUAAUGUGUAUCUUGUUCGUAGUGUAUCUAUACUAUAUUAAAAGGGAUAUAUGAGCUCCAUUGAGCCUAUCCACGUCAGAAAAUUAAAUCAACCAAUAAAGGAGUAUUAUAAUGCCACGUCAAUUUAUUCCUUCAGCACCGUUCUCUUCAUCUCCUUCUCAACGUGUUGAAACUCUCUCCUUCCCAACGUGUUGAAACUCUUGGUUUCCUUCUCUGCAAAUUAAUUGAUCAACGUUAUGACCCUUAGCUUUUUUUUUUAAUAAAUCAGCCCACAAGCAAAUACUGAAACGAAAGAGACUACAGUUCGAGGGAAAGAAAGCUGAAUAGAGUAAGAUCUAGACUCCGGUGGACACUGAUGGCAAGAAAUCCGGUCAAUGAGACUUCACGGCGCCGGUGUGUCCAAGACCCACGGUCGUUCCAUCGUCUAACCUUCAGACCACCACCCGCAGAGUCGCCCCCUGGCCCCAAAACGCCGGAACCAAAGGAUUAAGGUCCGGCUCCGUAACCCUAACGCCGUAAUCCGCCUGAAAUUCACUCUUCCUCCUAGGUCCGAGACACCACGUACCUUCUCAGACUCACGGAAGCGAAACCGAAGGCCGAGCCAGAGAGAAACCGUCAAGAGAACCGCCAUCCCGUAUAACAGAACCUCAGACAUCGAACUUCGCUAGCUCCACCCAUCGGUACGAACACCAAACCCCGAUAGCUGACUGGAAUCUGACAACUUCACUGACGAACCACCAGAGCGAUGGCGCUCACCUGGGAAUCUACCGAACCGCAACGAGAGAGAAAGGUACCACCUUGACGACAGACGCUUCCUCCUCCGUCUUGAUGAUCAGGUACCGGGUGGGGAGAUGAGACGAGCUCCGACGAGGCUGCCGGAAGAUGCAGCGCCACCACACACGGAGAACACGAAGCUUGAAAGUUAGAGAGAAAAUUUCGUCGCGCGUUAGAUCCACUUGCGCCGCUCAAAGGCCUUCGCUUUUUCUUUCGAUUCAUUUGUUCUUGAUUUACAUAUAAAUAAAUAGAGUGAUGGAUGAAUCUCAUUCUAAGUUUUUCUCACCCUUAGGUUAUAGAAUAACUACAGGAAAAUCUGAUCUGAUGUGACACUACAUUUCAUUCAUUUAGGUUAUAAGGAGGACUUGCAUGGAUCAAGAUGGAGGUCGCUUCAGAUGGUAGCAAUCUCAUGGAGAAGGUCAUGCAUCCUUAUGUGCAGGAUGCGGAGAAGUGCAUCAAGAUCGAUCCAACAUUCUCAAAGGGGUACAGCAGAAAAAUUGAUGUCCAAUUCUUCAUCAAGGAGUAUGAAAAUUCGAUGGACACAUACCAAUAGGGUCGCAAACAUGAUCCUAAUAUUGAGCUUCUCUCGAUGGUGUUAGAAGAUGUGUACAAUAGAUCAACAAGCACACUGUGGUGACCUUACUCCCAAGGAGUUUAAAUAACUACUGACAAGCAGAAUGCGAGACCCGGCAAUCCAAAACAUUCUCACAGAUCCUGUGUUGAGAAGGUACUGUCUGAUCUGUGAUUGUGACUUACCAGAAGUCUCUUACGUUGAAGAGGCUGAAUGAGACUGUGAGAUUUAAGAAAGAGUUAGAGCAGAAAGAGUAUUCUGAUCUCAGUAUUAGCGAUGCGGAACGUUAAAAUUGGUAAUUUCUUUUUGCAAUUAUAUAUUGGUAAAGAGAAUUGAACUAACAUCCUGUUGUGUUUCUAAUACAUGUAUUGAGCUCUUCAAGGAGAAGAAGUAUCAUGAUGCUGUGAGACAUUACCAUGAAGCAAUCAAAAUGAACCCAAAAGACUUGAGAGUAAGGCCAUUUAUAAUCAUCUUAUGUUCUUUAGUGUUGUGCUGCAUACAAAGGCGUAUUUCAACUUUUAAAUUAAUAUGUUUUUUUUUUUGGAUUUCAUAGAGGCAUACGACAAUCGAGCUGCGUGUUACACAAAACUAACAAGUUCUUCCAAGGGAGGCAUAUCGGGAACAAAAGAGAUGUGAAGGUAGCAAUCAAGACAAUACUCGAGGUUGAUCUGAUAGAAGUCAAGGGACAUAGAAGAAAAUCUGUGUUAUUUAAUGCGGGAAGGGUAGCUAAAGGCCUUAGGCAUCUUGAUGAAAAGUAUUGCAAAGAAACAUGGGAGAUAUUGAGCAGUGUGGUUGUUAUGUAAUACUCGAACGUGAGCAACUCAUAGAGGAGGUGAGCCAUUAACGUCGUUUAGUUUUAAAUUAGUUACGUGACGCAACUCACUUUGGAUUAACAAAUCAGUUCUAGAACAUCAAAGGAGAUGAUAGAGUUUAACUCAUAAUAUGCAAGUGAAAAUAAAACACAAUUCCUGAUUCAUUCCACAUUGUAGUUAGAGUGUUAGGUCUAAGUUUUGAAAACACUAUUUGAACUAUGAAUUUCGACAAAAUUAUAACAUUAUGCAAUAUAAAAUAAGUGAAACAUUCAGGUUCAUGAUGUAAACCACCGAAACAAAUGAUCCAAUGAAAUCAAACCAAAACAAGGUUUAAUAUAUAAUUAUAUAUUUAUGUGGAAUCAAUAGAAACUGCAGCAACUUGAGGAUACAACAUAUCCACAUCUUUGUCUCGAAUUAUUUAGAUAAUUUCUGAGAACUUUUUAAAAACAAUUAGAGGAUUCUAAAUUAUUCGGCAGUUACAGCAUAAAAAUGUUGAAUAAUUAUGGAUAUACACAAGGAUGAUGUAAUAUAAUGCUCCUUUACCAGAAAAAAAAUGUAACGUUUGAAAAGGUCCACAAAAGGUUUGAAGAGGUCAUGGCAUACAAUUUUUUUACUGAAAUUCUAAUUAGAGCAAUGCACUCUUCAGAUGCUAGAGUCUUUAGUGAAAUUAAAACUUUGAUUUUUUUUUGUGAAGGCAAUUUGAAAAAAAAUAUUUGAAAAUUUAACGUUGUUGAAGUUGAAAAAGUAUUCGAAGUGUAAUAUUUUUUACGAAUUAUAAUGAAUGGUUCCAUUGACAAAAAAAAUGGUAGUCAUAAAUCAUAUAGCAGCAAACAGAUAUAUAGAAGAAAAAAUAUAUGAAAUUUAAACUAUCAAUUGAUUCAAGUUUAAGCCUAUAAUUUUAGUUUUGAUGUACUAAUAUUUCAAAUAGUAUAGUAUAUGUUUUAUAUUAUUAUUUAACUGUUGUAUUCUAAUAAUUUAAACUUCAUUUUAUAAUUUCUAUUUAUUAAAGAACCACUGUAUAUGUAUAUGUAGAUUACACAUAUUCAAAUGCAAAUAAAAUUAAAUAAUAUAGACAUAACUGAAGUAUAACAUUUAUGGUAAUAACCCGGGCGUAGCCCGGAAAAAUCUCUAGUAAUUAUAAAGAUCUCAGUAAUACUGGCGGGUGAGCAAGUUAGCAAGGAAUUAAAAAUCAUUUUAAAAUUAAUGAGUAUUUGAAAACGUAUUUUGUUCACUCUCGUUUGUAAGUAAUGUUAACUUUCACUAUUUAUAUUUUGUUAUUCUUACUAAAGAUAUAUAUCAUACCAUUAAUAACAUUUUUCUGUAUACAUAAUAUGUAACUGAAUGUUUGUUCUACUUUUUUUUUUUUACGAAAUACUCCUUUUAUUUAUUUAUAUCUUGAUCGAGCUACACUUCAACACAUCAAAAAACGGUGCCCACAACCGGAAAACUUAUCACAUCCUAUCUAUACGAGAGCUAGUCAAAAGUAGACAGCUAACCAAAAAAUUACCUCAACUCUUCCACUUACCUCCAAAACUUCAUGCUGUCAACUCUCCUCACUGUUUGGAAUCAUCAAAAGGAAACAAGACUUUGAUGCCGUUUGCAUUUAGAAUAGUCCCAGCCAGGUACCAAGAACUGUUGUGUCUACCCUCCUGGAGUUGUGGACUCUGGAUAACGGGUCUAGCCGGGCUUGGAUUAUUUGCUUCAUCUCAAGGAUCACUGCUUGCGCCGGUCGAAAGCUCUGAUUAUGAAUUCGAGAAUUUCUUUCCUUCCAAAUGUAAUACAAGGAUGCUUGAAACACUAGCUUAGUGAUCAACCUCACAAACUCAUCAGAUGUGGGAUUUCUAAGCCAUCUCAACUUAUCUUCAAACAAAGCUGGCGGGUUUAAACUCAAUCUUGAGCAGAAGAACGCCCACACCUCCGAACUGAAACUACACUCGAAGAACAGGUGUUGUCUUGUCUCCUCUGCCACAUUGCACAGAAUGCAAUUUGCAGGUACCUGCAAUCCCCAAUUCCUCAUUCUAUCUCUAUGAUAAUAAGUAGAAUGAAGUAUUUUGAACACAAUUCAUGGAUUAACUUUUGGUCUUAAACAUUUAUUUCUCGAAUCUAUUUGUACUAUUUUAUUUUUAUAUGUAUUCUCUUAAAAGUUGAUCUAAGCAUAGAUGUUUUUUUUGUUCAACCAUUACUUAAAUUAGAUUAAAACUGAUAAAACAUUAGAGUCCAUUGAACAAAUUGUUGAGACAGGCUUUAGCAAUUGCUGAGACAUGACUUAGCAAUGGUACGAACUAGCCUAUUUUGAAGUCUGAAAAUGUGACUGAAACGAUAAAAAUAAAAAAAGUUGAAAAUUGUCGAUCGAUGUCGGAAAGGGUUCCGUAGAGCUCCGAGGGACGACGAUUCAGAUUGAUUGCUUUGAUAAGCAUUUGAGAUCUGAUCUAAGCCAGAUGUGUGUGAAACCGAGUGAGAUUGCAUGAGACAAACGUCUAGACCUCGUUCAUGCAAUCGCACGGACCGUUUGUUAUCUGAUUAUACUUUCUAGUUAGUUCCCAGCAUUCCAAACAUCGCAAUAAAUCCCAAACGUUAUCUCUUAUGGACAAUGUUGAUAUUUAUUCUUUUACUUAGAGACACACACACACACACACAAAAAAUCAAUUUACGCUAGUUGUUUAGUGGAUGAAGAUAAAUCAUUCGCAUGAGUGGAUCUAAGGCAAGAGGAGGUGUGGCAUGUGCCCCAACCUAAUUUGUUAUUUUCAUUGAUAAUUAGUGUUAAGAUUGAUUGAAAUAUUUGUAAACUAAAAAUUAGUUCUAAGAAAUUGAUAACGCCCCAUGCUAAAAAAUAUUUUUAAUCCUCCCCUGAUCAUUAGUUUAAUAAAUUGAGCUUAAAUAGUUAAUGUAAUGGGAGAUUUAAAAUAUAUUAAUCGUAUGCAGUAAUAAUAUUGGUCAAAUUCUUGCCAAAACGAGAAGUGUUCGUUGGUUUUGAGAAUCUGAUUAUGUUUUGAUUUUUCCUCAUUAAAUAACCAAUUUAAAGUUGGUUUGUUGUCAUUUCAUCAUAAAUUGGUAUCUUAACUUUUUUGGAAAUGUGGGUUGUCACCGGUCAUGUUUAAACUAACUGACGAUUAUAUCUGUGGCAGCUUUACAAGAUUUAACAUAUCCCAAAUUAUAUGUUGCUUCCUUAAUUUAAAUCAAUAGAUUAUCUUCUCAUUUUGUAAAAAUGAAAGUAAUUUGUCAUACAAAAGAGGAUAUAAAUUUUAGUCAAACAUUUUUAGCAUUAAAAUAUUUAUUGUGCACUUAUAAUUCGUAAUAUGUAUGAUAUAGGCAUAUAUCACUUGUGAUUUGUAUGGAUGAUGCCAUGGUUUUUAUCGAUAUAAUGAAUUUACUUUAAUAGUACGUAUCAUCUAAAUUAUGUAAGUCGUCGACGCUUCCAAUUGGUAUAGUUUGACCUUUUUGCUCUCUAAUUAUGUGGGAGGGAUUUAUUAAAUUAAGGGCCCAUGAGAAGGGCAGGGAACACGAGCAUGUGCAUGCAUAUUCAUAGGUCUUCUAAUUCAUAUGGUCAUUAUGUUAUUGUAAUGUGUAUCCUAUUUUCCUCGAGAAGAAAAUUUAUCCUGUUUAAUAAUUUGUCUCAAUGUUUGUGUCAUAUUCUAAUUUUGAUAUUACUCAUAUAAAAUAAUAAAUAGUGGUCCCGGUCGGUCUAUGAGAAAUAAGUCAAUAACUAAACCAAGGUCAAGCAUGCAAUACGAAAAUGACUUGAGCCAAAAAAAACUAUAGUACUGCGAACUCUGAUGGGUCCUAAUUAAGUAAUUAUACACCAACAUUAUUUGAAAAUUUCAAUUAUUUUUAUGUUUAGUAACUUUACUAUUGCUAUUUGCUAACCAGCAUCAUAAGUUUUGAUUUGAAUUCUAAACUUAAAACGGAAAUAGAAGACAAAAUUAGGUGCAAUAACGUAGUAGAGAAAAAAAGCAACAACUACCUAAUCAAUAAAAUCAUUUAGUCUACAAAACAGGCCAGCUCAUUUUUGACAUAUGCCAUUUCGAAUGUCCAACUCCAAUCUAUCAUAGUAAUGUACCAGUAAAAGAGUGUAAAUGUAAGGUACAAUUAGCGUAACAAAAAGUAGAAUAAAAGAUUUACUCUCAUUUACGCUUAAAUUCAGCUAAUCAAGAAAAAAGAGAAAUGAAAAGCUUUUAUUCUGAUUUACUCUGAAAAGUAGAAUUUUUCUUUUGUCUUUUCUAAUUUUAUCUCUCUGUGGAUCAUGAGCAUAACUCAACGUAACACAAAAGGUAAUAAAUCUUUUUAUCUUUUUUCCCCCUUCAUUUACUCUGGAUUAUGCUAUUUGUUUACCAGUCAAAGCCAAAAUAAGUAUCAUAGUAAUGUAUAUCAAGUGAAAAUGGUAGUAAACCAAGCUCAGCAAUCAAAACGAAUGUCGGUCUUUUCCUGGAUCGGAAAGACUAGUUACUUAGUUUUGUUUCAUGUGUUGUCAAACAAAAGUAAAAAAUUAAUAAGAUUUCGUUUUAAGAAAAUUAAAAAUAUAAUAUUUUAUUUAUAUUAAAUGAAAUUUAAAUUAUAUAUAUUAUAAUUAUUAGUUUAUAAUUUUAGUGGGACUAUAUAUUCACUUAUAAGAAAGGUUAAAGGAAAAAUCCAAUAGGGAUUAGAAUUGACAGCCUCAUAAGCAAUAGCAAAUUGAAACAACUUAUUUCAGAACUCUUCGCAACAUUGAACAAGGCAUGAAAAAUCCAAUAGGGAUUAGAAUUGAACAGCCUCAUAAGCAAUAGCAAGUUGAAACUUAUUUCAGAACUCUUCGCAACAUUGAACAAGACGUGGAUUGGUUAGUAGGAGGACUUAUAUUAUAUCUUGUUGAUUCUUUAAUAACACUUUUUUAUCAAAAAAAUAAAAAUAUUUUUGAUUACGAACAAACAAUUUUAGUGAAUACAUAUAACAAUUUAAAAAUUGUGAGUAAUUUAUUUCAAUUUUUUAAAUACUAUAGAAGAGAUAUUUUUAAUUCCCUAAAAAUAUACAAAGUAAUUUUCUGUUUUAUUUACUGUUGAAUAAAACAUGCGUUACACAAGUUUCCCAUUCCGAUUAAGAAUUAAAUGUUUGUUUAUUUCUCUUUAUGGCCCUCCAAAUCAAUCUUUUUCACUUUCAGCUCUCUAAGUUUGUAAAACUUUCAAAUCCAACCCCGUUCUCGUAAAAAAAAAUUACAUAUUAAGCAAAUUAACCUCCAACAAUCAAAACCCUCACUUAUUAUUACAGAGAUUUCGUUUUCCCCGGAGCGAACGAGCGAGAGGAGAACCAAAAGUUUCAAACUUUCACGUCUCUGUUUCUGCGAAAUCAACGAUAAAGCUUCAAACUUUAUCGUCUGGCCGUUUGGUUUCUUCGUCGUAGUACAUGCACCAUGCUGCUUUACGUGAACCCAUAAAGAAAAGAAAAGAGAAUCUUUUGUAUCCGAGAUUCAUAUGGUAAUGGAGAAGAAGAUGACUGUUUUGAAGGCGAAGAGGCAGGACAUGAAGGCAUGCUUCUCUUGUCCUAUCUGUAACAAUCUCUACGACCGUGCCACCACCAUCUCCGAGUGCCUCCACACAUUUUGCAAGAGAUGCAUAGAAGACAAGCUGGUAGUAGAGAAUCUGAAAGCUUGUCCUGUCUGCAAUGUUGAUCUUGGUGUUGCUCCUCUUGAUAAACUCAGGUCGGAUAACAUGUGGGAUGAGUUGAGGAUAAAGGUCUUCAAACAAAAGCCAAAAAGCGUAAAGGCAGCAGCAGCAACCAUUGAGACUGCUUCAGCAUCUUUGACAUACUCCAGAAAGAAGAAGACGGUUACUUCACCUAGAGCAUCAAACUCACCUGAACCAACUCCUGAUGGUGCGUUGGAAAGUGAGAAGCUUGAGGAGGAAAUGGAAGCGGUUUCUCUGAACCAGAGCUCGUGCGCACUAGUUUCGAAUUUCAGGAGGCGUGUGAGGAAAAACCUGGCGCCUAAAAGGAAUGAGAACCCAUUGGAACCGCAGCAGCUUCAUGUGGAAAGCGACAAUGGUUUUGAGAUUGUUCUCAACUUUGAACAAGACAAUGGUUUGGCUGGCGCAUUGACAUCUAAUGGAUGCAUACAAAAGGUUCCAGUUUCAUCUGAUGAUCUUGGCAAGCCUUUGAGUAAUGGUAAGGAGAGUAACGGUACCGCACUGAAUGUUGAGACUGUGAUAACUACAAAUGGCAAUACAGAGGAAGUCACUGGUGAAGCAAAUGAAAACAAUGUUCUGGUAAGCUCUGAAAACGUUCCAAAGGAAGUCUCUGGUGAGAAACCGAAGAGCAAUGGUGUAGAGAAGCAAGAAAAUGUCUCUACUAUCUCAGCAGGUAAGAAGGGGAAAGGAAAAGCAUAUGCUCAGCGGGUUUUGAGACCGCGAAAGCAGGGGAAUAUGAGUUCAGAUGGUGCAUCAGAAGCUGCCGUUUCUAAAGAAGCAGAAGACAAAGUUGAAGGAAGUAACAAGAAAGUUUGGCUUUCACUAAUAGCUGCAGCGAAUCAGAACACAGAGAGGCCACUACUGCCACAAAUCUCCAAUGCCUACAUACGAACAGAUGGAAACUUAACUGUCUCAUAUGUCAAGAAGUAUCUAGCGAAUAAGCUCGGUCUCCAAAGCGAAGACCAAGUGGAGAUAUGGCUGAGGCAAGAGCCUGUGUGUUCGACGCAGAAGCUGCAUAACUUGGUGGAUUGGUGGGUCCAGUCUACUCCAGUUGCUGAGAGAAAAAGCGCCAUGGUUGGGAGCUCCGGUGCUGAAUUUGUCAUGGUCCUACACUACAGUGGCUCUCACCUCUGUGAAUAGCUCUUCUUCUAACAUCCAUCAUCAAAUCAUUUUUCUUCUUUUUUAAAAACUCUUUCUUGUGAAAGAAGAAACCAUGAAUAAAAAAACUGCCUAGGGUUUAAAUUUUAUUUAGUUAUUUGCUGAGAAUAAAUAUGGGAACCUUUUUGCUUUGUGGUUGAGAAAACGGUAUGUUUUUUUGGUGAUGAGGCUCUUUGUAGUCUGUUUUCCUUCAAAUGCAAUAAAGAUGCGCCGAUUUUGUUCCUUA